AUGGAGAAUGAGAGUCCAGGUCAACUCCAGGAUCUUCUCGAGUUCUUCUCUGGGCCCAGCACCGAAGCUGAGUCGAUUGUGUCCCUCGCCUACAAGCUUGCUGACCUCGUCUUCCUGCCGGUUCCCGCAUCACCACCGAUGCAGUAUUCUCAAUGCUACGCCCCGCCUCCCUCGGCUCUUCCACAACAAUACCCCCCUCAGCCCCUUCUUCCUCCUCCUUCGAUACCCUCGCAGACUUUGCCGACUCAGUCGCCUCAGCCUCCUGUACUGGCUUCGCAGGAUUCGUCACCCUCACCAUUCAUGGAUCAGAUGAGGGCUCAAUCAAUGAUGCCGCAGCAGAUGUUCCACACGCCGCAGCCGCGUGCCAAUACCGAGCCUGUACGAAGAGCAUCCCUUGACAGGGAGCUUCCCCCACCACCACAGGAAAACCAGCCAAUGAACUUUCAGUUCAUGCCCGAAAAUAUGGUCUCGUUUGAAGACUGGGAGAGUUUCUCCAGCACUGUCGUUGACGAGAAUGCGCCGCAGCCUACGACGAUGUCGUCAGAAUGGCCGAUGGUGCCUGUACAAUAUUACAACGCCCCUGUGGGGCCAUGA